UCCUGCUCCCAGCACUGCAAGUCUGCCUACAGGGAGAUGUACUGGGACCCUGAGGUCAGUGUAUAUAGCUCCAUGUGCACAUGCCAGUGCAGGGGUGUGUAUAGAGACUGCACUCCUCACUGAGCCCUGGACCUAUAACUUACUAUAGAAGAAGAGGAAAAUGCCCCUUGAUGUGUAAUGUGAGCUGCAUCCCCCCUGACAUGGCUGCAGGACAGAGCCUUGUGUUUGGAAAGAAAAUAUUCUCAAGCUUGAUCUUCUCUCUGAUGCCUGCUCAUCUCAAGGAGCCUCAGCACAAGGAAACAUCCAAACAAGGAGCUGGAGAUUCAUCCACUGCCUCCUCUGCAGCUCAUCUGACCUGAUAAACAUGGAAGAGGGACAUAAUACAAGAGAUUGGCCUAAAACUGCACACCAGAGCCCUUACAUGCUCUUCCUACUGGUUCUGGUCUUCUUCAUCACAGGACUUCUAGGUUUUCUGAUAUGUCAUAUCCUUAAGAAGAAAGGUUACCGAUGUCGGACAUCACCUGAGGAAGACUACGAGACAAAGGAUGAGGAAAAAAUUAACCAAGACAUUACUGAAGAGAUGUCCAACGAAGAUACAGUAGAACGUAUAGUCAAGUGUAUUAUUCAGAAUGAAGCAAAUGCAGAGGCCCUCAAGCAGAUGUUGGGGGACAAUGAAGGAGAGGUUCAGAUUGCUCCUGGUUUAUGCCCACACCGUGAAAGCCGGGAUACAGGACCUCCUCACCACCACACGGUGCACCUUGGAUCAACACAAGCCCCCUGUAUCCAUUGUACCCGCAAGAAGAGAAGCCUACUACAUCGUAUGGGGCGGUCAAAGGAUAGCAAAGGAAAGUUACAUCCAGGAGAGGUCACAGUAUUCUCUGUUGGAAGAUUUAGGGUUACUCACAUUGGAAAGAAAUCCAGUAUUCAAGGUUCCCAGGAUGACGCAAACAUCUCCAGUGAUCCCGUUUCUUUUGACAAAGAUACAGACAACCAGAUGGAAACAAAAGUUAAAAAUGGUCUCAGCAGACAACUUUUUGAGACACAUGGGAUCUCGCAAAAUGGACCAGAAUUAGAGGGAUUGCCUAAAUCUGAGGUCAAAGAUACUGUUGUCAGCAUCAGUGGACCUAAGCAUGUAGAGGAGAAGACUGAAAUAAGUGUAUCCAAGAGCAGAAGAUCCAAAGACAGAAGAAGUAGUGCUCCAGAACAGACAUCUACUCAACGAGAAAGAACAGACAUGCUUCAAUUAGGAGGACAUCACUAACAAAAAGGAAUAAGCCCAGAACAUUCAGAAAAGCAGCAACUUUUCACCCUGAGACGACUGGCACGUUAAAUGAUAGAGAAGAGACAAGGUCUUGUGUGUCCCUGGAGCAUGAAAUAAUGAAGAAGGCGGAGGACAUCACGGGCAGCUAGAAACGCUGCAGAGGAUUACUUUGCAAAACACAAGUCAGAUUUUUCAAUUCCGUUAUGCAAAGGGAAAAAUUUGAAAUGGACAUAUAAAGCAUUAGAGCUUUGCAUUUUACUAAAGGGAUUGAUCACUAUUUUUUGUGGUUCUAUAUCCUGAUGGUAUAUAUUGCUAUGUAGUCCACUGUUGUUACUUAUAAUAAAGCUAAGUGUCUGUGUGUCACCAGUAUCCUAACCACAACAGUCUGCUAGUGGUGUCACAACGUUAGUACAUAGCAAGGAGUUGACUGAGACAAGAAUACUGAGAGACAUUACAAGAGGUAAUCAUAAAUGCCUUGUGCAUCCAAUUUAAAGGAACCAUUCAGGCGCUUCAUGCUGCCCGAACUAGUAUGAUUGUGUAUUUGUGUUUAGGAAAAGACUUGUCAAUCAAGCUGAGUCUGACGGGAAGAAGCCAUUGACUCUUCGCCCCGUUCCUGGCUCAUUUUUAAACUAUGGGGGUCAUGUAUUAUUAUAUAUACGCCAAUUCGGUCGUAAAGGGGAUUUGCAGACUAAUCUGUGACUUUUCCCCUCUCACGUCAGGUCUAAAAAGAGGGUGGCUAGGGAAGGAGGCGGGUCAGCUGGCUCAUCUCAUUUUAGGCGUAGAAAAAGAUCAAAAUCUAUGCCACCAAUGGAGAUGGCAUAGAUUUAAGCCAACGGUGGAUAAGUUAGGUAAAGGCCAACGCCUCUACAUAAUUUAGGCACAUCAUGCGCCAGUGCAAGAGGUAUUGCCUUGCAGGCAGUGUUCAAUUUCCUUGCAGGGCCCAUAGAGAGGAAAUGAAGCAUCACACCGUUUUUGUAGAAAUCAGUGAGCUGUCUGUGGAACACUUGAGCAAGACAGGUUCUCCAAAGAGAGAGAGAACCCAUUUAUAGGUACUCUCUGCUCUGGCUAACACAUCAGGGUCCUAAAUAAGAUACAAAAUUACAGAAAAUAAUGCACUAAAACAAUAGAUGCAAACAUAAGAUAUGGACCAAGGCUCACUCUGAGACUCUCAGCCAAUACCAAUAUAUUUUGAUCAAAACACAUCUGUGCCCGCCUACCAUUGCCAAGGUGGUCUCAGUCAGGCAGGUCCUACU